AUGGCUGGAAAUCAAGAUGAACCUGCCCACUUCAUGGACGUGACACCUCUAGCACCUCCCUCUGCAACCUCGUCAAGUCUCAGAACUCGAGGAAAGUAUACCAGCAAAGCAUGCAUCCCGUGUCGACAGAGUAAGACCAAGUGCGCUGGAGGUUCAUUCUGCCAGAGUUGUCGGCGUCAAGGCAAAGUUUGCACCUAUCCUGCGCGAGCAAGGGUACGAAAAGCAAAGAUUGCCGUGCCUGCGAAAGAUGAUCCUCAAUCGAAGUUGUCCUCGCCACAGGUUGGAACUGAGGGGAUUCCUGCUCAUGAGACUGAGGCAAUUUUGGAUCGUCUGAGAAGCCUUGAACAGCAGAUCAGCGGAAUGGAUAAAGCCUUACACGGCGAACCAGUCGACUUAGACCGGGAUGCACCCUGUGACACGGAAAUAUUUGCAACAUCUCCCAGUCAAGCCGCUCCCACAUCCCUGAGUUCCCACAUAAAUGCUUUGAAGAAGGCAUUAAUUCCGGCAAUUCAGUAUAUACCGCAAUCUCCUCCGACUCCAUGUCAGCACAUGCUGUCUGGCAACGAGACCGGGAAGGCGCAGUAUCUGCGCAAUUUACCGACCCUCCCAUGGCUCAAACGUCUUAUCAACUUAUACUUUGAGCAAUUGAAUUAUUUUUUCCCUUGUGUUGACGAGGUGGAAUUCAGAAAAAGCCUGUCACAGAUUGAGAAGGACCAAGCACGAGGAGAAGGUAACCUUUGCCUGCUGGUCAAGCCUUCCAUGCGCACAUUUCUUAUGUUGAUGUGUAUGGUUCUCGCUGUGGCGUCUUAUCUGGACCCAGGGAGUCACCAAGACAAAGUUUCCACCUCCCCAGGCUGGAAAUAUCUCUUGAUGGCCGAAGAUAUUUCUAUACGAGAUUAUUGUUCGCGAAGUGUGAACAUAGAUCUGGAUCUGGUUCGUUAUCAUACCGUCAAGGCAAUCUACUUGAUCCAUAUCGAACGACUGACAGCCGCAUAUCGUGCAAUCGGUGUUGCCAUUCAACUUGCAUUCAGUAUCGGUCUGAACGACGAGUGCACUUGGAGAGACUGCUCUGGUGUAGAAAAACGUGCCCGUCGGUUGUUGUGGUGGACUAUAUUCUACGUGGAUCGGCGGGUGGCACAAAAGUGUUGGAAGCCAUAUACUAUCCGGGAGACUGAAAUCAUGGUGGGCGAUGUUGAGGAUACUGAAUUUGCACUGUUCAACGAUAUACUUGAUAUGGAAAUGUACUCUGAGAUGGAAAGAAGGAAACUGAUCAACAGAUACGUCCAGACAGAAAUCAUUUGGGCCCGCCUGUGGACUCUGGUCUGGGAUUCCUUGUUUGCUGUUCGUGUGGCCAAGGGAGACAAUGCUAUAGAAGAGAUUGAGGUUUUGGAUGCCCGAAUUCUUCAUGCUCAAAGGCAGACGCACGAGAGUCUGCGUUGGGAUACCUCCCUGCUGCCGAAUUAUGUGGCCGCCGGAGAGACCGAAGCUCAGAUUCGUUCACGGCUUGUUUCCUAUGUGGUGGGUCGCCCCGUUUUACCGCCGGUUCUGAUUUUUCACAAUUUGACGUUGCUGAUGUAA